UCCCUGAUCAGACGCCACCUAUUAAAGGCCCCGGGGCAUCUAAGCAACAUCGCAUUGCGUCUCUGCAUCCCUCCAAUGCUCUCUGCAAAUCCGCGAACUCCUCUGUUCGGUGAUUCUGCUCUGUCACGUUCUCGGCGCGAGCUUCGGCGACCCUGAAGCAAUGGCGGCGGUCCUGAAUAGGCAUUCCUCUAUCCAGAGCGUCAGGAGCCUGAGCGCCGACAUGCUGGCCGAGAUCAUCCUCCGGCUGCCGGUUAAGUCCGUGGCGCGCUCCAGGUGCGUGUCCAAGAACUGGUGCGCCACCAUCUCCGACGGCUGCCUCCGCCGCAGGCUGCCCCUGCAGCUCUCCGUGGUCUACUUCCCCGCCGGCAGCGGCGGCGGCAAGGCGCCGCGCUUCGCGUGCGCGGACGGCGGCGGCCUGCUCGAGGACCGCAACCUCGGCUUCUUCCCGUACCUCGACGGCGCCGUCGUCUGCGACGCCAGCAACGGCCUUCUCCUGUUCCGCACCGCCGGCACCACGCGGUUCUACGUCGUCGACCCCGUGACGCGGCGGUGGGCCGCGCUGCCGCCGCCGUCGAGGGACGCCCGGCUGUCCAUGCUCGCGUUCGACCCGUCGUCCUCACCGCGACGCUACCACGUGAUCAGCUUCACCGGCCGGUGGCGCGAGCGCGGGGGCGAGGUGGAGGUGUUCUCGUCGGAGUCGUGGGCGUGGGCUCCGCGCGACGUGGAGUUCGGCGUGCCCGCGGGCGCCCUCUCCGGCUCCAUGCACUUCCACGGCGGCGCCGUGUACGCGCUGGCCUCCGACCCGGACUGCGUCGUGCGCAUGGACGUCGCCGGCCCCGACCUCACGUGCGCGGCCGCCGAGCUCCCCGAGCCGGCGGCGGGCGGCGGCGACGCGCGCCUCGCGCACUCCGGCGGGCGCCUGCACUACGUGGCCAACGACGGCGCGCAGCUCAAGGUCUGGGUGCUCGACGACGACGACGGCUCCUCACCUGCUGCGCCCCGGUGGCGCCUGAAGCACGCGGUCAGGCUCGACGGCGUCGCGGAGGGAGGGUGCGGGGGGGACGAGGAGGUCCGGUUCAUGGCGCUGCACCCGGAGAAGGACGCGGCGUACUUGUGGUCGGCGCGGAGGCUCGUGGAGUACGACCUGAUGAGGAAGGAGGUCACCGGAGCCUGGGAGUUCGGCGACGGCGAGAAGAAUCGCGUCGUCAAGGCCUGGCUCGUGCCUUCGUCGCUGUACCUAUCGGAUUGCCCCCUGGCUGAUGCUCACGUGCCGUGCUAAACUCUGACGGCCUGCAGAAUCUGUUCGAGUCGUUUUCUGUUCUUCUGCUGCCUGUAAAGAUUGGCUGCUUUUUACGUUUGCUGAUGUUUACUUGUCAUAUGUGUCGUGCUUUUCACUACUUUGUAUGUAUGCUAUGUUAUUGACUUAUUUUUGUAUAUAUAGUACGAUUUGAUAAAGAAGGAAAUUUGAAACACAA